AUGGAGGCUACAGCUCAUCCCAUCGGGUCCGGGCGGCGCCUGGCCCGUCGUCAUGCAAGGAAAAAAUUUAAGCGCGCCAGUUAUUGUAACGUUUUCGCGGAGGGUUUGGGCCGCUUUACCGGCGGCAAAGUGAGCAUUCAUGUGAGGGACGGCGCGAGGCCUGUGUUCCUGCGCGCGUGGCCGCUCGCGGGUGCGGGUGGAGCGCGCGCUCGACCAGCUGGUGGCAGACGAUUAAUCCCUUUCGUCGUACCGCUGAACUUCCAAAACAGUCCCCUGACCAUCAAACCAAGCAUCAGCAUUCUCGGUGUUGAGAUUACGUCUGACGUGCAGUUCCGCGGUUUUUUGGAGGAUAAAGCUAAAACAGCUUCGAAAAAAUUAGGGGUGCUCGCCAGAGCGAGACGGUAUUUCACGCCCGCUAACAGGCUGCAACUUUACAAGGCUCAAGUCCGGCCCCAUAUGGAGUACUGUUCUCACCUCUGGGCCGGAGCACCCCAAUACCAGCUUCUUCCAUUAGACCGCGUUCAGCGUCGAGCAGUUCGUAUCAUUGACGACCCUGUGAUUGCCGAUUCACUUGAUCCGCUUGCAUUACGGCGAGACGUUGCCUCUCUCUGUGUGUUUUACCGAUUAUAUAAUGGGGACUGUUCUGAGGAACUCUUUGAUGUUAUUCCCGCUGCCGAUUUCCACAACCGCACCUCUCGCCACAAAUUAAAGUAUCAUCCUCACCAUCUGGAUGCUUGGCGGUCUACUACAGUGCGCUUUUCCCGUCAUUUUUUGCCGAGAACUACAAUCUUGUGGAAUGACCUUCCAUCUUCGGUGUUUCCUAAAGAUUUUGACAAGGAAACAUUCAAAAAAAGGGCUUACAUGUUCUUGAAAGGCCGGCAACACAGUCGCGGUGCCCCCGGCAUCGCGGGUGCUUAUGGGCGGCGGAAGUCAUUUUCCAUCAGAUGA